AUGAGGUUCCAGCCGAAGUUGGCGGACUUUGGCAUUAGCUGCCAGCUCCAGAACACCUGGGCGCGCCGGAACACGCAGAUUGGCUCGCCGUACUGGAUGGCGCCAGAAGUCAUCAAGGGGGAGGCGUACAAUGCCACGGCUGACAUUUGGUCACUUGGUAUCACCUGCAUCGAGAUGGCUGACUGUCACCCGCCCUACUAUCACAUCCCCCCGACGCGGGCCAUGUUCGUCAUCAGCACUAAGCCCCCCACAGGCCGGUGA